GGGCGGGGUGGCGGGGGAGGCUGGCAGGCGGCGCCGGCAGCGCGGGAGAGCGGCAUCGUGGGGUGGGCGCUCCCGGCGAGAGGAGUCCGCUCCAUGCGUGCGGGCCGAGCCCGGCCCCUGCGAACCGCAGACAUGAAGAAAGACGUGCGGAUCCUGUUGGUGGGAGAACCUAGAGUUGGGAAGACAUCACUGAUUAUGUCUCUGGUCAGUGAAGAAUUCCCAGAAGAGGUUCCUCCCCGGGCAGAAGAAAUCACCAUUCCAGCUGAUGUUACCCCUGAGAGAGUUCCAACACACAUCGUAGAUUACUCAGAAGCAGAACAGAGUGAUGAACAACUUCAUCAAGAAAUAUCACAGGCUAAUGUCAUCUGCAUAGUUUAUGCUGUUAACAACAAGCAUUCUAUUGAUAAGGUAACGAGUCGAUGGAUUCCUCUCAUCAAUGAAAGAACGGACAAAGAUAGCAGGCUGCCUUUGAUAUUGGUUGGAAAUAAAUCUGAUCUGGUGGAAUAUAGUAGUAUGGAAACCAUCCUUCCCAUUAUGAACCAGUACACAGAAAUAGAAACCUGUGUGGAGUGUUCAGCAAAAAACUUGAAGAACAUAUCAGAGCUCUUUUAUUAUGCACAGAAAGCUGUUCUCCAUCCUACAGGGCCCCUAUACUGCCCAGAGGAGAAGGAGAUGAAACCAGCCUGUAUAAAAGCCCUUACUCGUAUAUUUAAAAUAUCUGAUCAAGAUAAUGAUGGUACUCUGAAUGAUGCUGAACUCAACUUCUUUCAGAGAAUUUGUUUUAACACUCCAUUAGCUCCUCAAGCUUUGGAAGAUGUCAAGAAUGUAGUCAGAAAACAUAUAAGUGAUGGUGUGGCUGACAGUGGAUUGACACUGAAAGGUUUUCUUUUUUUACACACACUUUUUAUUCAGAGAGGGAGACAUGAAACUACUUGGACUGUGCUUCGACGAUUUGGUUAUGAUGAUGAUCUGGAUUUGACACCUGAAUAUUUAUUCCCCCUGCUAAAAAUACCUCCUGAUUGCACUACUGAAUUAAAUCAUCACGCAUAUUUGUUUCUCCAGAGCACCUUUGACAAGCAUGAUUUGGAUAGAGACUGUGCUUUGUCACCUGAUGAGCUUAAAGAUUUAUUUCAAGUUUUUCCUUACAUACCUUGGGGGCCAGAUGUGAAUAACACAGUUUGUACAAAUGAAAGAGGCUGGAUAACGUAUCAGGGAUUCCUUUCCCAGUGGACGCUCACGACCUAUUUAGAUGUACAGCGGUGCCUGGAGUAUUUGGGCUAUCUAGGCUAUUCAAUAUUGACUGAACAAGAGUCUCAAGCUUCGGCCAUUACAGUAACAAGAGAUAAAAAGAUAGACCUUCAGAAAAAGCAGACUCAAAGAAAUGUGUUCAGAUGUAAUGUAAUUGGGAUGAAAAACUGUGGGAAAAGUGGAGUUCUUCAGGCUCUUCUUGGAAGAAACUUAAUGAGGCAGAAGAAAAUCCGUGAUGAACAUAAAUCCUACUAUGCAAUUAAUACUGUUUAUGUAUAUGGACAAGAGAAAUACUUGUUGUUGCAUGAUAUCUCAGAAUCAGAAUUUCUAACUGAGGCUGAGAUCAUCUGUGAUGUUGUAUGCCUGGUAUAUGAUGUCAGUAAUCCCAAGUCCUUUGAAUACUGUGCCAGGAUCUUUAAGCAACACUUUAUGGACAGUAGAAUACCCUGCUUAAUCGUAGCUGCAAAGUCAGACCUGCAUGAAGUUAAACAAGAGUAUAGUAUUUCACCGGCUGAUUUCUGCAGGAAACACAAAAUGCCUCCACCACAAGCCUUCACUUGCAAUAGUGCUGAUGCACCCAGUAAGGAUAUCUUUGUUAAAUUGACAACAAUGGCCAUGUACCCAGAGGAUCAUUACAGAGACAGACUCUCCCGAGACAUGAGCAACACUGAUAGAAUAGAGAAUUUGAGAAAAAUCUGGGUCUUUCUAAAAACUGCUUUCCAUGCCCGGUUACGCUGUAUGUGCACCUGCAACAGGUGCACAUUUUGCAUCUGUCAGAACUUCCUCAACUCAGACUUGCUGCAAUCUAUAAAGAACAAAAUCUUCACUGCAGUUCUUAACAGUUUUAGUUCUGCCCUUUAGAACAACAUACGACCAUUCUACUCCCUCUUCAGCAUAGCAAUCCUUCAGACAUUUGAAGACGACCAUCCUGUCUCCCCUAAUUUCUCUUCUCCAGGUAGAACAUACCCAUUUCUUUCAGCCUUUUCUUAAAUUAGAUGGUUUAAUGACCUCAUCAUGCCUGGUUGUCCUCAUCUAAAUCCCCCUUAGAUUUUCAGAGUACCUCUUAAAAAGUGCCACUGAGAAUGGAGAACAAUGCUCCAGUUGUGGUCUGACUAGUCCAGAACACAGUGGACGUCAGUCAUGUCCCACAGUUGGGACAACAGCUAGCUACUGCAUGAAUCCACAUCCCCCUGUUGACACGGUAAUCCCGGGGUCAGCUGAAAUCAAAUUUUUUUGCACAUGAAGUGCUGUUAAGCCAAGGUGUCCCUUCUCUAAUCAUGUAUUUGACAUUUUUAGUUGACUCUUGGAAUCUAAAUGCCGGAUUACAUAUGUAUCCCUAUUAAAUGUCAUAUUCUUCCUUUUGAUCCAUUUGUUCUGGCUCAGUCAUUUCAAACAUCAUUUCUGUCAUUUGUCCCAUUAUAUAGCUCUCUCAGCAUUGUGUUAUUUGCAAAUUUGAUAGACAUAUCUUCUUUAUCUUUCAAGUUACUGGUAAGAAAUAAUGUUGAAUACUCAGACUGGAGAGAGAGAGAGGGUGUGUGCUAAAGUGAGCAAGCGCUGUAGCACUCCACUAGAGAACUCUUUCCCAUUCUUGGUUCAAAAUUCUUGGGGAGUUUUUCACUCAGUUAAAAAUGCAGUAUUAUCCAGCCCACAUUUUAUUCUCUUAGCAGAGAUUUGAUGAAGGACUUUUCUGAAAUCAGCAUAUAAUUUCUACCACAUUCCUCCGAUCUACCAAUGUAAUAUUUUUAUCUAAAUAGGAAGUGACAUCUUUUUGGUGUCUUACUCUUGGUGAAUCCACCUUGGAUCCUAGUAACUGCUGCUCACAACCAAUUAUUUAUCCCAGAUGCUCUUGAUUGCCCAUAUUUGCAGAUUGAUUCAUUGUAUCUUUGGUGAUGACAAUUUUAUUCUUAUGUCAGUUUAGUCAGCUUCCAGUUGAAAUAGGUUGUAUGUGCAUCAGAUGGAUCUGCUUGCUCAUAGUAAAUUACUCUAUACAGUGAUCCUUGAAAAUAAAUCACUACAUUGUCAUGUCUAUUUAUAUACUGGAAGUAUUUUAAUGGUAAUAUCAACACAUGUCACUGACAUAAAACGAUCAAGAAUGGAGAGAAUGAAAAAGAUGAAGCAGGAAACCAGUGGAUCUUUUAAAGAACUUGCUGAUCCCUACUAGUAUUUAAAUUAUUUGACAGAAGUACAGUGGAGUUUUGGGGGUUCUUUACUGAAGUAUCUCCCAGUUUACAAAAGGGUGUAGGUAAAGUAGGCAAUGGUGGGGACCAAAAAGUCAGAGCCUACGGGGUCUGGCUGGAUGAUGUAAAAACGAAUGAGUAUAAGAAACAAGGAUAAUAAGGAAAUAAGGCCAAUUGUUGUGGAGGCCUAGUGUUGCCAGGUCUUCUGAUUCUAUAAGACACUACAAAUCAGAAUUUUUAUGUGAAACUUCCUGAUAUUUAAAUGACAAUUAAUUUUAAAUAUUUUUAAUACGAAUCAGAACAAACAAAGCAUGUUUACAGGCUACCAGUUUGCCACCUUGGUCUU